GUAGCAGUGAAGACCAUUCGCGCUUUCGAGUCCGAUAACAAGGCCUUAGUACGGAAAAACACGAAGAGAGUGCGUCGUGAGCUGAAAGUUUGGAGCCGUCUUAAACAUGAUUGCAUUCUUCCACUUUGGGGAGUGGCAAACGACUUUGGGCCCUAUCCCGCAAUGAUUUGCCCAUGGGCUGAUAAUGGAAUGCUCACCGGCUUUCUUGAGCGCCAACAGGACAUGUCGUGUCAAGAUCGGUUCUCCCUUCUGAACGACAUCGUCCUCGGAUUGCAAUACCUGCACAGCAAAUCAAUUGUUCAUGGCGACCUGACAGGGUCAAAUGUUUUGAUUUAUGGCAACGGACGAGCAUGCCUUGCUGAUUUUGGCCUUUCGACUAUUAUUUUGGAGUUCAUUGGCACCUCGUAUUUCACGAGUUCCAUCAAGGGGAACAUCCGAUGGGCAGCUGCAGAGCUGUUUGAAGUACCAGAAGACGAUGAAGAAGAAGACGAGGCGUCCCCAGUGUCGCUCAGCACGGAGUGCGACAUUUACUCAUUUGGCAGUAUCACAUUACAGGUACUGACUGGCAAGGUACCCUACUACAAUGUGAAGAAGGACAAUGUAGUGUUGGGACAAGUCAUCAGAGGUAAGAAACCAGAGCCUCCCAAGGAGUCACGGAUAGAGCCAGCGCACUGGGAGUUCAUAAAGCGAUGCUGGUCGCCUCGUAUCAAUCGUCCAUCGGUUGAAGAAGCCGUAGCGUUUGUUACACUUUUGAACGCACCUAUGUAAGUAAUACAAGCAAUGUCAGACAGUCUGGUUUGCGAUAGUCGAAAUGCCAUAACCAACGAC